GACAGAGAAAGAGAGAGAGCCAACAAAUGCGUCUGCAUGUCUGACUCAUUUAGUGAAUCGAUUCCUCUUCAAGGUGGACCGAGCCAGACAGCAGCGAUCACCCAACUGAAGAGUGGCUCUCCUGGGCUCGAGGAAACCGCAGACACUGGCUGGAGGACUGGAGGAAAGGGGAGGAGGGACACCGGUUGACAGAUUAAAGCCCUCUCUAUUGCUCUCUCUCUUUCAUUCCCUCCGAGUGAGGAGAGACAACUCUAGGCAUUGCAUGCUGUAGUCACAUUGCUUCUGUGUAAUUUGCUCCUUUCAAUUACUUGUCCUUCCUCCUCUUCUUUUCUACACUGCUGCGGUCUGGAGGAAAGGCACGAUUCAAAAGGACUUUUGCGUCUCUCUCUCUCUCUCUCUCUCUCUCUCUCUCUCUCUCUCUCUCUCUCUCUCUCUUUAAAUGUAAGUGGAAGGUGGGAUUGGGGGGAGUGAAUUAAGGAGUGAGGAUAAACCGUUGUGACCAGCUGGAGAGAUGGGCAAAUCCAACAGUAAACUAAAGCCUGAGGUAGUGGAAGAGCUGUGCAGAAAGACCUACUUCACUGAGAAGGAAGUUCAGCAGUGGUAUAAGGGUUUUAUUAAAGACUGCCCCAGUGGUCAGUUGGACGCAGCUGGCUUUCAGAAGAUCUACAAGCAAUUCUUCCCCUUCGGCGACCCCACCAAGUUUGCCACCUUUGUCUUCAACGUCUUUGACGAGAACAAGGAUGGACGCAUUGAGUUCUCAGAGUUUAUUCAAGCUCUGUCUGUCACAUCUAGAGGGACACUGGAUGAAAAACUCAGAUGGGCCUUUAAGCUUUACGAUCUUGAUAAUGAUGGCUACAUAACCCGAGAUGAGAUGCUGAACAUCGUAGAUGCCAUUUACCAGAUGGUGGGGAACACAGUGGAGUUACCUGAGGAGGAAAACACUCCAGAGAAAAGAGUCGAACGCAUCUUUGCUAUGAUGGAUAAGAAUGCAGAUGGGAUGCUGACUCUGCAGGAGUUUCAGGAGGGCUCCAAGGGGGACCCCUCUAUUGUACAGGCACUCUCCCUUUAUGACGGCCUGGUGUAGGCCCAUCUCAAAGUGGAGUUCAAUAAUCAAUACAAUACAUUUAUAUAAUACUGCUGGCACUGUGGAGGAAAGCUGACCUAUCACCAAUCUCUUUGGCCUGCUAACCCGAAGGUGCAUUGUGGGUGCUGCUCUUGAGAGAGGAUCAGCUGUCAAUCACUCAUCUCCGCUGUCACUGGAAAACCAAAAGCCGCUCAAGACAAUGUGAACCCUUCCAGAACUCAUUUGGGAAGAAUGAUGUACAGUAAAAGAACCUGAGGUCUGAUGGGUUCAGUGCCCCUUUUGUAAAGAAAAAGAGACACUCAUACGGAGAGUGACUUUGAGGGUGUCCACAUCAGUGUUAUCAAAUGUAUAACUCAAAUAUCCUUAACACCAAUGAAUGAGUUCCUUAUAUUGCUGUGGUCUUUGUCAUAAGUGAUAGGGUGGACCUAGCUUUUUAGUCUAGCCUUCACUACUACAUGAAGAACGAAGAUGAAGUUGCACUGCUCCACAGAGCUUCAGCCAGCACUGGCAUUAAAUAACAUGCUUUCAGUCGUAUUUAUUUAUAAGACCUGUCUAUGUAAAUCAGCAAACUUCGACAAUAAACAAAAUCUGAUCAUUAGUCCCUAUUAAACUCUAACAGCCUUAUGAAAUUCUGACAGCCAUGAUGUAUUAUAUUGAACCUGUAUCUAUUGCCACGCUUGACCCACAGGCAGUCACUGUA